UUGAGCUAUUAUAUAAUUUCUCGCGCCUGUGCGCAGUAGUUUCGAGAUCUCGCGGGAUACAGAACGUGCGACAUUCGAUUUAUCGGAUGGUGUUGUAGUAUUUCAGUUUUGCUCAAUUCCAUUGCUAUUUACGGUUUGAAGUACCGGUAGGCUAUGAAACGUAGACCAUGUCAUAGUUAGGACCGCAUCAAAUAUCAUGACCAUGGAAUUUGGUGCAUCAUCCAAUGGUAAUGAUGACAAUCCUUCUGGUGAGAAUGCAGGGCAUUAUGCACGAAUCAAAGAGUUGGCUGCCUCCUAUCGCAGGGAAAAGAGGAAAACCUAUCCUAAAAAGAACUUAAAGCCAUAUGUGAAGGCUCCAUCCAGGGACAUCAAUGGUGCUAUAGAUGGUCCAUCAGUUCCCAGAAGAGAAAGAAAAGGGAAGAAAACCUCAACGACAGAGAAACUAAAGGACUUUCCUGAGGAAUUGAAACCAAGUAAUCAUGAAGUAGAAAUCGAUGCACCUUUCGAUUUCAAGUGUUCCAGCAAGUGAGAGCUGAACUUAUGGAGCUUCUGAAUGGGAUUCGGGCUUCCAAUACUACUGAAGUGCCAGGCACUGAAUCUGAAUGGAAGAAAAGGCAUUUUGUUGCGCAUGCUGACUGGAAGCAAAGACAAGAGGAGAGUUGGGAGGAGGUGUGGGAGCCAGUAUUGAGGUCAAUACUUAGGAAAAUGGGAAAACAUAGUUCAUCAUGUGCAGUUUGUGUCUCAUGUGCGUCGUCAGCUGUUAUCAGAUGCUUCAAAGAGUCGGGCUUCUCUACGAAAGCGUCUUGAAAAGGAGAGAAAGCAACUUCAGCAUUGUGUUAGUCUGCUGUCAUGUUUCUGUGGACGAAGUCACGCAAGAGGACUAUUUGUUGCCUUGGCAUAAUCCUGCAGGGAACAAGGGAGAAACAUUUGCUUUGAAGAAGAAAAUAGUUGAUAUACAUGAACACAUGACCAGGUACAUCGAGGAAUUGCCUGUGCUCAUUCAAGAGAUGGUAUCAACUGUUCUUUUCUUCAAGAAAAAAAUCAACACCUUGGAAGACAGAAUCAACACCGUGAACAAUGAGGCCAUCAAAAACCAAGGUAGUGGCCAUGCAAUUAUUUUUACCCAACAUUUGUGGAGGUUGAUGCAUACAUGCAUGCCGUUCUUCUGUCUAUCCCAAAGACCAAUGUCAUGUCAGUCGGUGGUAGAGCAUUUUCAAUUGGAGCCCCUCAGCUGUGGAACAAACUUCCUUCAACUGUUAGGAACUGCAGCUCUCUGUUAUCUUUCAAGGGACAACUCAAACAUUUGCUUUUUAAAGAGGCCUAUCAAGCGCUUUGAGCGGCCAGUUAAUGGUUGGAUACUGCGCUAUAUAAGACUC